AUGAAAGCAACUUCUUUGAUACUUAUUUCAUUAGCUGUAAUUGCUACAGUAAACGCUUGUACUGAUACUAACGCUACUGCUGGUGCUGGAGGUACUUGUUUCUGUAAUGCUGGUUAUUAUGGUACUUCUACCGAUGUCACUCCUUCUGGAUCUUGCACAAAAUGCCCAACUGGAACUAAUUCUGCUGCUGCCACUGCCUCAGGUACUCUUGUCAGCUCAUGCACUUGUAAUGACACUAAUGCCUCCCUUAAGGGUGAUAACUCUGGUUGCUAAUGUAAGGCUAACUUCUACGGUACACCUAACGCCGUCUCUGGUGGUGCUACUGGAUGUUCUGCAUGCCCAACUGGUACUACUUCCCCUGCUGGUACAGCUGCUGUUACUUCAUGCGCUUGCAAUGAUACUAAUGCCUCCCUUAAGGGUGAUAACUCUGGUUGCUAAUGUAAGGCUAACUUCUACGGUACACCUAACGCCGUCUCUGGUGGUGCUACUGGAUGUACUGCAUGCCCAACUGGUUCUGCCGCUGCUGCUGGUUCAACUGCUGUUACUUCAUGCGCUUGUAACGAUACUAACUCUUCCCUCAAGGCUGAUAACAGUGCUUGUGUAUGUAAGGCUAACUUCUACGGUACACCUAACGCCGUCGCUGGUGGUGCUACUGGAUGUACUGCAUGCCCAACUGGAACAACUUCUACUGCCGGUACAACUGUUAUUGGUUCAUGCGCUUGUCCAGACACUAACGCUUCUCUUAACACUGCUACUCCUCCUGUUUGCUAAUGUAAUGCUAAUUUCUAUGGUACCCCUACCUCUUCUGGUGCCAGUGGAUGUACUGCAUGUCCUUCUGGAUAAACUGCCCCAGCUGGUUCUGCUACUAAUGUUUGCAAAGCUGCUUCAACAUCUUCCACUUACAUUUUACCCAUAGUUUCUUUGCUUUUCUCUUUAGUUAUGCUUAUUUGA